AUUUAAAGACCAAAGAGCAUUGUAACAGUUGUAUGCUCUGUUUCUUGAAGUAUAAUAAUUGUUGUACAACCUUGUUCGAUUUACUGAGGGGAUUAUUUCCCUUUUGGUUUUCCUGUGGUAUUCCGAACUGCCCUUUCGCUGCCAGUCGCAAAAUGGCGGAUGCCCCACAAACUUUGCAAGAACAAGAUGAGAAUCUUGAACUUAUUCCUAGUGUGGAAGACUUUGCAGCAAUCGCCGACACUCUCUUAAAAUACAAUCUUCACCUCGCUGCCCUAGAGCUUCAUACCGAACUUCUCGAAUGUGGGGUGGAAAUUCCGAAACUGCGGGAUUUUUUCUCGAAUCCUGGGAACUUUGAGCGCCAGUUUCCUGUUAGACCUCCGUCUCCCAUUCCAAGGACUUCAAGCAUCAACACCAUUGAUUCCUUGGAUGAUUUUGCUCGUUUCUCUGAUGACGGAGGCCGGGGAAGCAAUGAUGAAAGAAUAGCAGUUCUUGAGUUUGAGUUGAGAAAAGCCCAGGAUACUAUCAAAGCACUUAGAGGGUCUUUGACUGAAGUCGCAAAUACAGACAUAUCUUCUCCUGCACGUAAAGGGCUUGGCUCAACAGAAGGACAAGACCAGUGUUCUAAAGAGGAGCCAAUCAAGCCACAUGAAGUACGAGCUUUGGACUUCCUGGUCAAUGAGUACCUACUGAUCAACAAUUACAGACUGACAUCUGUAACAUUUUCAGAGGAAAACACCAACCAGGACUUCGAUGACUGGGAUGACGUUGGCUUGAACAUACCCAAGCCUCCUGACCUCCUCCAUCUAUACCGCGACUAUGGUCACCACACGGUCCCUGAGGUGGUGCUAGUCCUACAGUCUGUACGUGAGGAGAAGGUCAAACUCGAAGAGGAGGUGGUCCGGCUAAAUGCAGAGUGCAAGAGAUUGAGGGAAGAAGUUGGUGAACUUAAGUUUGAUAACCAAACCCUUGUGCAAAACAUGGAGAAAGUGGAACGGGAUUUCCAGCAGGCUUCCUCACCUAUCCGUGCUGUCAGCCCAACAAGAUCUGACCAAUCAGAUAAUAGGACAAUCACUCCUAUCAAAGGUGGAUCUGACCAGACUGACUUAAGUAUAACUGAUCAGUCCAUUCAAGAUCUUCCUGAGAUAAGCAUUUCUCUUUUGGAGAGUGAGAAUGGAGGAGUAGAAGAAGAGGAUGAAAGAGAGGAGGACAGAGGAAACUGUGAAGCACAGGGUGAUGUGGAGGAGAACGCUCCAGUUGACGUUGAAAUCAAAUACUCUUGCCUGGAAUCAGGAGAUCAGAUUGAGCAAAAGAAUAAAACAAAUAAUACUGAUAAAAAGACGCUUCCAAUUUAUAGUUCAACAAGGAAGACAUCUCCUGCCUUCAGAGAAGCACUUCGUUCUACAUCUCACAUCAACCUAGAUAACAGACUUGCAGGGGAGGUAUCCCAACUUUGUGAGACAAGUGAUGACCUGGUACUGAUCCUUGCACGCUGCUUGCCACACAUUGUGCCAAAUGUGUUACUGAACAAGAGAGAGGAGUUAAUACCUGUUAUAAUUUGCACUGCCAUCCAUCACCCACACGCCAAGGACAGAGAUAAUCUGCUACACAUGCUAUUCAACCUCAUCAAGCGACCAGAUGAAGAACAAAGACAGAUGAUUAUGAAUGGAUGUGCUGCCUUUGCACAAGUGGUGGAGCCGACUCGAGUCGAAGCAGAACUUUUACCCCAAUGGUGGGAACAGAUAACUCACAAGUAUCACGAGAGAAGAUUGCUAGUGGCUGAGGCAUGCGGUGUUCUCUCCCCUUACUUACCGGACACCAUCCGUUCGUCCCUUGUCUGGUCCAUGUUGAGACAAAUGUUGAUGGAUGAUCGGAAUGAGGAGGUCCGGGAGGCAGUUACCAAGAGCCUGGGUCUAGUCCUAGCUUACAUGGAGAACUCAGACAAAUACGACCAGGCGCACGAGCUGCUGAUGAUCACGCUAAAUGACGCCACUGAUCACGUGGUUCGCGCCGCACAGCACGUGUUACUCCCCGCCCUCGCUGAUUGGAGCAUGGACCUAAACAAGCUCGAGUCUCAUCUCGCGCCUUCACUACUCCAAAGCAUCAACAAAUCGCUUGAUGAUCUUGAUCAAGUUAUGAAUGUUGAAGAGCAAGGCGUGGCGGAUGAAGACGCCAGCCUGACGCUAGACGUGGUCCGUAGCCGAGUGGCCAGAUACAUCAAGGUCUUCACGUCGCUUGUCCCUGCUCUAUUCGCUUAUGUAUUACGCUCAGCUGCAUUCGCAAAAAGGAUAGAAGAUGUCCAAGCAUACAAGGUUGCCGUGGAUGAGGACCGCUUUCUGCCCGCCCCCUCCCCCCUCCAGCAGAUGGAUGUAAUCAUUGGUAGUGAUCAGCUUCUCGCGCUCCUUGUGCGCCGAUUCGACAAAUACGUCACAUCCGACCGAUUUGCAUCAUGGGAGUCUCUGUCGUGGUUACAAUACGAAUGCAUUCCGAAGCUGUGUGACAUCGCUGGCCGAGUGCACAGUUCGCUGGUCGAGUGCGUUCAGCAUCUGAUGGUCCUCUAUCGCACGAUUUGUUAUACAUUCGGUCGCUCCUACAUUCACAGCAAGUUAAAGUCCCAUUUCAUAAACAGACUUAAUGUAUUACCAGCUGCGUCCGUGGAAGGAGAUGACGUGAAACGAGAAGAGUUGUUGUCCUCCGCUUGUAUUCCCGUUUUACUGGUUGGUGUGCUGGGAUGUUUUGAAGAGGAGGAGGAUAGAGCUCAGUUGGCUGAUAUGUUGAAAGACUUGAUUAUCAUCCUCGCAAAAAACAGCAUUCAGCCGCACGGGCCAGUUAUAAUCUACCAGGAACUCAGUGCGCAUGCGUCAUUCCAUCAACUGCUGAUCGGUGUAUUGUGGGAGAUUGUCGUUUAUCAGGACCCGGAUGUCCGUAGCUCUGCGGGAGCGCUGUUUAUGGUUUUAAUCAAAGGCGUUGAUAUCGACACAAUCAGUAGACACGUUCUCCCAGCUCUGGUUACGCUUGCGUCUGAUUCACACAUGUCGGUCAGGGCCGCCUCUAUACCUGCUUUUGGAGCUAUCGUCGAAAAUGUUACCGAUAAAACAAUUCUAGAGAAGGUUUACGUACAAUUCCAGUCAUUCUUGGAGGACCCUCAGUACAAGAACCAGCAUGAGCUCCAAGUCACAAUGAUAAGGACUUUCGCCAAGGUCGGCCCUCACUCGGAACCGCACUUCAGGGACGAAGUGCUCCUCCCCCGUUUGGCAGUAAUGGCGUCCAUCAAUAAUUACUCCCAGGACGAGGACCUGCGCCGAGAGAUCGUCCUCGAGCUUUUUGAAGCCUACGUCUCCAUUUGCUGUUGCUUCAUAUCAGCUGAGGUCCUCAAUGCCCAUGUCCUUCCUGGAAUUCGAUGGGUGAGAAAAGAUAUCGCGGAUAUCGCCCCCGCAUACGAGGAAGCCGUUGGCGUGCUCUUACAAGAGUGUGAAGCCAAACUUCAUCAGAAGCCUUUCUUAGAUGUACCGUCGUCUGCCCAAUCAUCGAUAGGCCAAGACAUAAAAAACACGUUCAUGAGUGGCUUCCACAAACUUAAGGACUCGCAGCGACCCAAGAUGACCGAUAUCUUCAAGCGCAAGGAGCGAACAGAUUCGACCAACUCAUCUUAAUCUACAACUACAAUUCUAUAUAGGUACGUUUGUUCGCCCAGCUCAAAUCAUCUGGUACAUUCAUUCUAAGGAAGAACCCAAAGUUUGAUAAAAAAUAAUGAGGCAUGUAAUCUCGUGAACACUAAAAAAAAACGCACGUAUCUGUGUGACACGGAAAAAACAGCGAUACGGGAAAACAGUGAUACGGGGAAACAGCGAUACGGGGAAACAGCGAUACGGGGAAACAGCGAUACGGAAAAACUGUGAUACGGGAAAACAGCGAUACGGAAAAACAGUGAUACGGGAAAACAUUGAUACGGGAAAACAUUGAUACGGGAAAACAUUGAUACGGGGAAACAGUGAUACGGAAAAGCAAUGAAAUACGGGAAAACAGCGAUACGUAAAAACAGUGACACGGAAAAAAGGACUAGAUGUAAACCUAAUAGUUGGUAGUAAUAAUAGUAAUGGUAAUAGUUGAUAACAGUUGGUAGCCUUUUAAUUUGAUUAGAUCUCUUUAACCUCUUAAACAUAUAAACUCCCAUGAGUUUUCUUACAAGUAAAUGGUAUUUGGAGUAUUAUAUUUUCAAGCCAUGAUUAUUUGAGGAAGAAUGAAAAAGUUUGCCAUACAAAAUUUCAUCUUCAUUUGCGUUAUUUGCGGCUCAUGAAUAGUACUACGUUUGAAGUUAGCCCAUAAAGCCCAUUGGCAUUAUUCACCUGGAGGAUGAAACUUGGGAAAAAUGCGAUUUUAUAUUGGAAAGAUUUAAUAAGAAGUUUUUGUCAGUUUAUAGUGAAAUAUGGAUAUGUUAUGGGUCGCAUUUCAAUUAAUCUGUGGAUUUAGUCUUUAAGGAUUUAGUUGAAUGUACAAUAUGUUUUUAACUGCAUUUUAUCUCUUCAAAGUUUUCCAGUAAUACCAGUUUGAGCACUUUUUGUUUCUUUACUUUUGCAUUUUUGUAUACGAAUGAGACUGACAAUUACUUAUUCUUUUGACUUCUACUUUCAUACAUUCAGAUUAAAUUUAGCGCAGAAUAAAUAGGUUGUGCCAAACGCAUAGCGAAGAUAGUGAUUGAAAAAGGAAAUUAAAUGAAUCAAAAUUGAAAAAAAAAUAUAUUUCAUUUCUUUGUUGUAAAUAAACGAAAAAAGACAGUA